GCGAUAGCGCCAAAAGCAACCGAGGCAGAAGAGGCAAGCAGCACGGGGAGACUGAGGGGUAUUGACACUGACCAGAGGUGCCCGGAAGAGGAGGGAAAACGCUGUCCGAUUCGCGGGCGGAUUAGGUUCGGUCGUCUCCGUCGCCAGUCACUUUCCACCCUCGGGUCUGUCUGUAUGGCUUUUUUAUGUCCCUCGUCGGACGGUUUCGCCCCGCCCUUACUUGGCUCACGAUCGGAACCAAUGGCCUGGCCGGUGGAGGUGGAUCAGGCCGCCGAGGAGGGUUAUUCAAGCCUUGAGCUACAGCAGAGUUCGGACAACAAUAGUAACUAUGCCAACGAAAGUUGUUGUGCUGGCGGUGUUGUUGAUAGUGGGCAUUUUGAUGCUGAUGCCAAUCUGGGGCCGAACGGAUCCGACUCUCUCAGACAGGCCUGUCUGGUACAGCAUUGUCGUCAUGUGGCAGGCUCGAGUACAAAUGAGGGGCAAAGGUGGCCGAUGGUGAUGAUGAUGGUUGUUGUGGCAACAGAGUUGACUGGUGCUGCUGGUAGAGUCGUCAUCACAGCAGAGGCAAAACACGAGUUGGGCGCUGAUGUGAGGGCGGCCUGUGCCUCGGAGACUGGGCCGAAGUGCCAGGACGGCUGGUCCUGCUUCAUAAAAUCACACCUGUCCUCUCUGCUUCAGCCACAACCCCUUCCACCCCCACCCCCCCUCCUCCCUCCGCACACAGACACAAUACCACAGCCUUCUCCACUCGUAUCCAAAUCCAAUUCAGCCUCUUUCAGAAUAGGCUAUCAACAGGUUAGGGCCCAAACACCUAUCACAUUCACUUGCACAUGCAAACUCAUUUGCCUGGCCGACUGCAAAGACGAAAACGCGCACGUACCUUCAUACCCACCCACUGGUGGAUGCAUGCACACGUUGGACACCACUACACCAGCUGAAGCGAGAGAUAGAGAGAAAGAGAGAAAGAAGUCAUGUACAAGCUGCACCAGAGUGUGUCCAGUCUCUCAGUUCGUCUCAUUAUUAUCCCCAAUUUGGGGGGAUGGCGUCUGUUGGGACAAAGAUGAUAUUCUCCUUUCACACUUUUCUCUCUUCAUCACAUUGCCUUCUUCUCUGGCCGGCCUGACUUUGAUCCAAUCUGCUAUGCGACCCGCCCCCCGAAAGACCCCACCGACCCUGCGCCAGAAUCCCCUCUUUCACUUACAUCCCUUCGCAUGUUCUCUAUCACACUCGCCACUUCCAAAGCCCUGCUGCCACUUGGCUCACCGGUUGGGAAUGUGGCCGGGUCUGGUUGCUGGGCCUUGGAUUUUAUGGUAUAAAACCCCUUCACUCCACUUGACUCCAUCGCGUCUGCUGGUGCAUGUGCAUGUAAAUGUACACGUGCCCACCGACGCGUGUAGACAGAGGCAGACGCUGAUGCCAGUACGUACCGGUGAUCAUGUCACUCGUGCAACUGGCAAAGUCUGCGGAUGCUUGAGCGUGUAG